UCGGCGCCCGAUACUGUGCCAUUGGCCGCUGGCGGACCGGAAGAUGGGCUCGAUUGGACGGACGGUUUGGUCGCGAAAUUUAAAGUAUACAAGUUGCUGAAGCAGCUGGCGCCCUUUAGCUAAUGACAGAGGAGGCAGCGACGCUUCGCACUCACCGCAGCCGCCUGUGUUCGUGAGAGCGGCGGGGGGACAGCACGGCUGUUAUUUCUGCACCAUUACUUUAAUAGGAACAUCGGGUUUUUCACCAUUUUAUGAACUGGAAAAAAUAAUCCCGUCCUGGGAGCGCCGGAGUCAGAUCAGGUUUUUUUUAUAUUUGGUGUUGCCACAAAAGAAUUAUGAUGUUGCUUGGUCAUAAAAAUAACCUAACUCCAACAAAGUCACCUUCGAAGUUAAAACCGGAUGAUAGUCCAGACAAGCGUGGUCAUGAACCUUGCAAAGUAUACGAGUCCCCACAAAAGCCCAACUACUUGGAAACUAGUGUUGAAAAUGUUUCACCUACCAAAGUGGACAUCGUUAGAGAAGAUAGACCUUUGUAUAACAAGGAAAAUCUUUUGCGUAGACUAGAAGCGGUUGAAACAAAUGUGGAUUGUAGUCCUCUUCAUGACAGUGGUUAUUCCUCAAUACUGCACAGUGAUUCUCAGUGCCAAGAUGAUGAUGACUUUAGCUCUUGUUCUCCAUCCAUUCCACUCUUUGAGACCCCAAAGCAAACUUUACUGGAUGAAAAACCUGUGCCAGUCUCAUGCACAAGCUCGUUACCGGUGCUUCGCUUUGAGGAAGUUGUAUGUUCUACGUUGAAGAAAAGCUCUAAAAGAUGUCCAAAGGUUGAUUGGGACACUGUUGAAGAAGUAGUUUCCCAUGGUGCCUUUGGGCUUGAUAAAUUAAUUGGUAAAAAAAUGGGCUUGGAAAAGCUGGACAUUCUUGGAGAGCUUUUUCAGAGAGACUUUAAACAUCUGCUCAGCAAAAUUUUAAGGCAUCUCAGUGCAAUUGAUUUAAUCAAUGUCAUCAGUGUGAGCACAACAUGGAGAAAAAUCUUACAGAGGGAUAACUGUGCUUACAGUGUGUAUAAACAGUGCCAUAAAGAAAUAUGUGAAAAAGAAGCAAGGAAAUCUGAGUUUGCAGCAACACGUGACUCUUCUUUGUUUAGAUUACCCCUUGCCCCAGUACAGAAGGUAGCCAGUGCACUGUUUAGUGUUUCUAAGAAGAAAAGUAACAAGAAAAACAAGCAAGCAAUCCCAUGCAGUCGCCUCUCUGAAUUUAAUGAAGUUGGAAAAACGCUGAUUAAUGACCAAAGCCUUAAAGUGUGUAGAGACUGUGGCUCUCCUUCAAAGUAUGAUUCCUUACUACACAGAGCAAUUUGCACCCGGGAAAGUUGUCAGUUGGACUUCUGUACACUUUGCAACUGUGAAUUUCACUUUUCCAAAGAUUGUGUGAACAUCAGAUCUCGGAAUCACAGAUAUUUAUCGGACACUCUUCCUGGGAGUAAAAAGAGCAAACAAAAUCUGCGUCGGCUGUAACUUGUAAAGAAAAGACUGAACAAAUAUAUUUAACUGAAAUGGGACCAGCAAAAUAGCAACCCUAUAUAAUUUUAUUUUUUUUAAAGGAGAUUUGGGAGUAUAAUUUAAUCUCUUAGCAAAAAUAUAGUUCACAUAUAAUGGACAAACUUCUCUGUAAUCUAGAUUUUGCACAUCAACCGCUGCUAAUAUCUGGGUUCUACAGCAAUUAACUACAUUUAUUAAUUUGUUAUGUGAGGGACAGUGCCUUAAUUUUCUAAUGUUUGUUAUAUUAAUGAGGUUCUUAAAAGUAUGUAGUUAUGUCAUUGCUACUUAUGGAGGGGUUUGACCAUUGUGUGGUUGCAAUGAGUUACUGUGCAAAGUGGAAACCGUUUGCCUUUUAAUUGGUUUUAAGUUACUGGAUUCUCCCUAUCCAUUUCAUUUUUACCAAAAUAUUAUAUUGAAAAGUGUUUUUAGGCAUUUUGUAAAUAUGUAAUGGUUUCCAUAGUUGUCUUUUUUUUCUUUUCUUCUAAAGACAGUUAUUUUUACACAGUAUUUCAAAACAUUUGUUUCCAUUUUUAGAAAUGAAUAGAACAAUCAAAUUUUGUACAUGGCUGUAAAUAUUUUUAAAUGUAUGUCUGUUAUUUUUUUAUUCUCCAUCAGUACGUACGUGUGCAGGAUUUUAUUUGCACUAUGUUAAAUAAAUUAUUACAAAUGUAA